UUGAGUCAUCCAGCUGAGGAUUUUGGCACAAUGGGAUUCUUGUUCACGGUGUGGCAUGAUUGGCCCGGAGAAAGGUUUAGAGUGUUGAUUGCAGUGACUGUGAGGGGGGACCAGACGAAUAAAUACCCCAAAAUCCACUGGGACGUCAGAAGACUUUCAGUUCAGAAGUGACCAAGGGCUUUUUUUAGGAGUUGCUUUGUGUGUUGCCAACAACCAGAAGGAAACAUGGUCAGCCGAUUUGAGCACCCAGCUGGUGGCUACAAGAAGAUUUUUGAGACGUGCGAGGAGCUGUCUGAGCCUCUUCCAACAACAGUCACAGGUAGGAUCCCUUCAUUUCUGAAGGGGAGUCUUCUCCGUUUGGGACCUGGGCUUUUUGAGAUCGGAGAUGAACCUUUCUAUCACCUCUUCGAUGGCCAGGCCCUUAUGCACAAAUUCGACUUCAAGAACGGUCAGGUCACCUACUUCCGAAAGUUUAUCAGGACAGAUGCGUAUGUGCGAGCCAUCACAGAGAAGCGUGUGGUGAUCACUGAGUUUGGUACAUUUGCAUAUCCUGAUCCCUGCAAGAACAUUUUCUCCAGGUUUUUCUCUUACUUCAAGGGUGUUGAGGUCACAGACAACUGCCUGGUGAAUGUCUACCCUGUUGGCGAGGACUUUUAUGCUGUCACAGAAACCAACUACAUCACUAAAGUCAACACCGACACCUUGGAGACACUGAAGAAGGUUGAUAUGUGCAACUAUGUCAACAUUAAUGGGGUGACAGCCCACCCUCACAUUGAGCGCGAUGGUACAGUGUAUAAUAUUGGAAACUGCAUGGGUAAAGGAGCAACACUGGCCUACAACAUUGUCAGGAUCCCACCUACACAGAAAGACAAGUCUGAUCCCAUUGAGAAGUCCAAGGUGGUGGUGCAGUUCCCCAGUGCUGAGAGGUUCAAGCCCUCCUAUGUGCACAGCUUCGGCAUGUCAGACAACUACUUCGUUUUUGUGGAGACCCCCGUGAAAAUCAACCUGCUGAAAUUCCUGAGUGCCUGGAGCAUCCGGGGCUCCAACUACAUGGACUGCUUUGAGUCCAAUGAGAACCAAGGGACCUUAUUCCACAUUGCAAGGAAAAACCCAGGAGAGUACAUCGACCACAAGUUCAAGGGUGCAGGCAUUGGCAUGUUCCAUCACAUCAACACCUAUGAAGACCAAGGAUUCAUUGUUGUCGACCUGUGCGCUUGGAAAGGAUUUGAGUUUGUGUACAACUACCUCUGGCUGGCCAACCUGAGAGCCAACUGGGAGGAGGUAAAGAAGGCAGCCAUGAUGGCACCCCAGCCGGAAGUCCGCAGAUAUGUUAUUCCCACAGACGUCCACAAGGAAGAGCAGGGGAAGAACCUCAUUAGCCUGCCGUACACUACAGCCACGGCAGUGAUGCAUGCUGAUGGGACAAUUUGGCUGGAGCCUGAGGUGCUGUUCUCUGGGCCUCGCCAAGCAUUUGAAUUCCCUCAGAUCAACUACAGAAAGUAUGGAGGGAAGAAUUACAGCUACACCUAUGGCCUGGGGCUCAACCAUUUCAUACCAGACAGGAUCUGCAAGUUGAAUGUAAAAACCAAGGAGACCUGGGUAUGGCAAGAGCCAGAAUCCUACCCCUCAGAGCCCCUGUUUGUCCAGACUCCUGAUGGCGUAGAUGAGGAUGACGGAGUGCUGCUGACCAUCGUGGCGGCCCCCGGCUCCCAGAGACCAGCGUAUCUUCUCAUCCUCAAUGCCAAGGAUCUCUCCGAGAUUGCCAGAGCAGAAGUGGAGUGCAGCAUUCCUGUCACCUUUCACGGGAUGUACAAACCCUAACGACGCAUCACUUUGGAAAUCAAAAGCGGUCGGCCAUUACAGGGUUACCAACUGCCACACAGUGUUAGGGAUAAAUGAAGACUAAAUGUGAAAAAAAUAAAGCUUUUUCUUCUUGAGAAAUUAUCAUAUCCUCAUUUGCAGCCAAUCAUGGUUGUUAAAGAAAAGAAAAAUAUUAUGGUGUAAAUCUUUUUGGACAUUCCAAGUCGUCUCAACUUGAAUGUAUUGGAAGUUGUAUCCCUCAAGUGUCAGUACUGGUUUAAUAAAAGACAUGGAUUUAUUCA